UCACCAGCAGAGAGAUUUGGAGACACCUUUCACAACAUAUGCACAAACCAGGAUUAAGAGAAUGGCAUGAAACAUAAACCAAAACUUGGUUUGUAAUACUGCAUGAUGAUGUGGCUUUAUGUGUAUCUGUCUUAAUAUUUGGUAGGUUAUUGAGUUAUUAGGUAUUAAUGAUAAUUUAAGCAUGGAUUCUUCAGCUGUUGUUGGAGAUCUGCCUCUUUUUAAUGAAUCAGCAAAUGUGCCUGACGUAACUGCAGUUACUAUUUCGUAUCUCUUAUGUAUUUUUGGUAGUUUUUUGUCAGUUCUCAUAAUGUGCGGAAACCUACUUGUAAUAAUCUCUAUAGCUUACUUCAAACAGCUCCACACUCCUACAAACUACUUGAUGCUCUCUCUGGCUGUGGCUGACCUGCUAGUUGGACUUUUCAUCUUGCCUUUCAGUGUCAUGCUCUUUGUCAGCUCAUAUCAGCAUCUGCAUGGUUUACUUUGUAAGGUACGAGGCAGUUUAGAUGUGAUACUGGUCACUUCUUCCAUUUGGAGCCUGUGCUGCAUUUCUCUUGACAGAUAUUACGCAGUGUGUCAGCCUCUGAGAUACAGAACGAAAAUAAAUGUCCGUGUCGUUUGGAUCAUGAUUCUGGUGUCCUGGACUAUUUCCACUCUAAAUGGAAUUAUUUUCACUUUAAUGGCCCCGGACAAAGGACAAGAAAACAAGUGUGCUGCAUUUCAAGCUAAAUCAGAGAGUAUUACAGUAUGUGCAUCUGUUCUGUUCACAUUUGGCUUCCCAGCUGUAACAAUGUUUUCAAUCUACCUUAAGAUUUUGAUGGUGGCACAGAAACAGGCACGUAGCAUUGUUAGCAUGGAUAAAUCUAGUGCAAAUGUCAGUAAAAUGGAGAGAAAGGCGACUAAAACUCUGGCUAUUGUGGUGGGGGUGUUUCUCAUGAGUUGGACGCCUUACUUUCUGUCUAUCAGCUUUCAUCCUUUGAGCAAUUAUGCAAUACCACUUCAUGUACUUCAGUCAUUUAAGUGGCUUGGAUGGUCAAAUUCAAUGUUUAAUCCAUUUGUUUAUGCUUUCUUUUACAGCUGGUUUCGAUCAGCUUUUAGGAUGAUCAUUACAGGGAAAAUAUUUACAGAUGACAUUUCUAAUUCUAAACUCUUUUGAUUCACUGCCAUGUGAGUAAUCAUGUCUGGCAAUAUAAAUGAAUACGACAUGUCUGACAUUUUAUAUAUUUAUGUUCAAAUGUCGACUAUGCAAUAGCAUUUUGCAAUACAGUGUAUGUAAAACUUGCAUAAUAUGUAAUGUGAUGUCUUUCUUCAACAUUCUGAUGGGUUAAUGUAUAAUAAUACAUCGUAUUUUUAUAGCGCUUUUCUUAACACUCAAAGACGCUUAAAUGUAUCUGUAAAGUUCAUAUGUAUCUCUUUUACUGUAUAUGUAUUUGCUCUUUUGCACACAGGAAUGUCCUAUAUUACACAGAAGCAAUGCAACAUGAAAGGAAUCAUUUAAUUUACCCAUAAUCAUUUUUGUUUGUUUAAGCCAGUGUCUGUUCUCUCUAGUGUCUAAUGGAAAUACUCAUGAGAUUAAUUAUGAAUAAGGGAUAUUUACGAAAUGUUGAGUAAGACUUUUACUGACUUUUAUACAGUAUAUUAUCCCUUCUAAUGUAAAAGUAUAUUAGUGCACAUGCAGGUUGCCCUCAUGAAGCAGUUUCAAAAGACUUAUGAAGCACAAUGCUUUAGCACAAGAGUUUUAUAUAUAUCACUACUGCGUCUUCGGGUUAUUAUUUUAUACACAUUAUGUUUUAGUCUUCAUAUGCAAUCUGACAUAUACUGUGUCGAAUCAAAGCAACUUGUGAUUCACUAUGUGGAUUCACUAAAAUGAUCAGUGAGCUAAAAAAAAAACACAAUUACUUCUGUUUGUGACUUUGAAAGAUUGUAAUUAAUGUGUGAUUGGGCUUUAAAUAAUUAUGGCAGUCUUUUCUGAUUUUUGGUGAUGGUCCUUCUUCAACAAAAUAAUACAGGUCCCAUCAUAA